AUGAACCGUUCAUAUAUUUUUUUUUCAAGGGCAUAUAACUAUGCCGCGCUGCUUAUGUGUUGUUACUAUUUCUUUAUUUUAACACAAUCAGAAGGAAAAGAAUUUAUAAAAAAAAUAAAUAAUAUCACGAGGUGCUCCUUUCUCAUUUGUAGGAAAAAUAAAGUUGAUAUAGUAGCAAUAUUACAAAAAACAAAAACAAAAACAAAAACAACCUUUGGGGUAUUUUCUUAUGAUGGUAUAAGAAUUGGUCAAGGAUAUGAUAUUCAUCAAAUUAAAGUACAUACAGAAGGUGAGGAUGAGUUGAAUAUUCAAAAUGGGGGCAGUACUAAGAACGAAUUUGCUGCUCAACACGGGGGAAAGGAUAACAGCGAAUUUGAUGCUCAACAUGGGGUUAAUUGUGCACACGAGUUAGCUAUUCAUAAGGAGGGUUAUGCUUUGAAGUGGGUUAAAAAAAAUACGUGCGAGCAGAAUUUCAAAAUAUUAACCAUAGGUGGUGUAAAAAUAAAAAAUAUUUUCGUUCGGUCUCAUAGUGAUGGAGAUAUAAUAUAUCAUUCUAUUGUAGAUUCAAUUUUAGGAGCCCUAGGUUCUUUGGAUAUAGGCACCUUAUUUCCUGAUAAAGAACAAAAUUAUCAAAAUAAAAAUUCUGCAUCCUUUUUAAGAUAUGUAAGACUAUUACUACAUAAAAAAAAAUACGCGAUUGCAAAUAUAGACGUUAAUGUUAUAGCAGAAAUUCCAAAAAUAUAUCCCAUCAGACAUACAAUUAUAAAAAAUAUAUCAUCCUUAUUGCAAAUUGAUGAGUCCCAAAUAAAUAUAAAAGGAAAAACCCACGAAAAGUUAGGCGUAAUAGGAGAAAAGAAGGCAGUCGAAUGUUUCGCCAACGUUUUAUUAAUUCCAAAAAAUUAA